AUGACCGAAGUCCACGAGAACACGGGGCCUCCGAACCCGGAGCAGCCCCAAGAAACACCAGGCCCCGAGCAGCGAGUACGCAAAAGACGCAGGCGCACCAUGGCCUGUACCCAGUGUCGCAGCAGGAAGCUCCGCUGCGACCGUGAAUAUCCUGCGUGCAGCCGUUGUCUGAAGAGCAAAACACCCACCAAAUGUACUUACGAGGAUGGCUUCCUAUGGCAGCAGCCCAAUACAGUUGCGUCGCCCGUCUUCUCCGACCGAGGUUCCACCACACUGGCGCAGAAUCAGAUUCCGCGAGUUGAUCGGGCGCCCGCUCUCACUACCCCGGACUCGGGGAUAAGCAGGCUGUCGGCUCGGCCACAACCACCACUACCACCACCACCACCACCGCUGCCGCCGUCAGGAUCAGUAACAUCACAUCCCCUCGCACGGCAUGGCGAGGAAAAGCGCACGUUCCUUGAAACUGUUCUUGGAGCGCCCAGGGCCGGCAUCAACCAGGAGCCCUAUGCGGACACCGAGGUGCUGCAGCGUCCGCAACAUGGAUCGGAGCAUAGGCAUGAGGUGCAGCCGCAGCUGCACGCGCUGGAGAACGAUGACGGUCUUGCGUCUCCCGCGCAGCAGUUGGAUAUACUGCCGCGGAUGAUGAUGAGGGGCAAGGAGACCAUGACUCGGUUCAAUGGGUCCGGCAUCCUCGCCAAUGUGAUCGCGCAGUUCCCCGACAUCCGGUCCUUUGCAGAAGAGGUUCGCCUCUCCAGUCCGAAUCUUUCCCAACUACGCCCUGAUUUGGAGAGGGUGAAGCGGGGCCUCUGGAAGCGGAAACCGUUGAGUGAACCGCUCCCGGUGCCGGACACUCGGGUCCUCAUCGGCAUACUGCCCGCUCGUCGCGCAGUAGAUGAACUGGUUGUCUUGUAUCUAAAUUGUAUAGAGGCUACCCAUCGUAUCCUCCACGUCCCCUCGUUUCUUAAGGAGCUAGAUGAGUUCUGGGCGCAAAAGGACAAUCCAGAGGUGGUCUCGGCCAGCUUCGUCGUGCAGCUGCUUCUGGUUCUAGCUUGUGCGUGGAAUCUUGCGGACUUUGAUACUCUGCAACUGAAGAACGAGACGGGUUUGAAAUGCUACACUCCGGUUGAAUGGGUCCUCCACGCCGAGAAAUGGCUCGACAAUGCUCAUAUCAAACGCCCGGAGAUCACAGCCCUCCGGAUGAAAGUCCUUCUCAUUAUUGCGCAGAAUAGCUUCGGGAUGAAACGAAGCCAUGCUUGGCUGGCGACGGGGACCCUCGUCAAACAGGCCAUGAUCGCCGGAUACCAUCGGGAUCCCAGCCGAUAUACAAUGAUAUCAGUUUUCAAUAAGGAGAUGCGACGACGAAUAUGGACCACGAUCGUGGAGCUUGAUCUACAGGUGGCCCUCGAACGAGGGAUGCCGCCUUCGGUGCAGGAUUCUGACUACGAUACCGUACCGGCCCUGAAUAUCAAUGACAAUGAAAUCGAUGAGGACAGUACUGUGCUCCCGGCCGGCCGACCGCUUCAUGAAGUGACCGAUUCAUCCUUCCAAGCCGUACUCACUCAGUCCCUUCCGAUACGCUUGAAAGCGUGUGCCUUGAUGCAUUCGCCUCGGAUCCGCUGCCGUUACGAAGAGAUUCUGCACUUGGACUGGGACCUCGAACGGUAUCUCGCGAGGAUUCCCGCAUGGUCAGUGUCUCCAACGGAUGACUUCCACACGCAGCACAAGGUGAUCCUCAUGCGAUCCCUUCUGGAGACCAAGAUUGGCCAUAGUCUUCUAUCGAUCCACACCCCUUUUGCAAUCGAAGCUCCCCGAGAGCCACUGUUUGCCCCCUCUGCUCGGUCUCGCCUCGAGAUCGCGACCAUGAUCCUUUCUAAUCAGAAGCGCCUGCAUGAAACCUCGAAACAAUUGUCUCUCUGCAACUUGGGCGAUUGGACGAUGCAAGCCUUCUGUUCUGUGUGUCAGAUAUUGCAUGCGGGGGAUGACCGACACGCAUCCACGCCUAUGAUUCUCACGCGCACUCUUCCGGGACUCUCGGAAUCCCUUAUCUCCCUUCUGGACAUGAUUCUCGCCGCUGUUGAGACCCGUCUCCUUCUUGUCAUCAAGGGUGCAAAGGAGUACUUCUUCAUGUCGACCCUCCUCGCCUUAGUCCGAGCGAAACUGUGGCCGGCUCAGGCGAAUGUUUACAAGCAGGAGGUAGUCGAUCGCGUGAUCUAUUUUGCGCAGACCCUUUUUACGCGGCAUGCAAACUGCUCUCAUCUCGGCGCUCAGGGACUGGGUUGCUUCAAAACGGACCAGGUCCCCAGUUUAGAUAUGGCGGACUUUAGUGGCCUUCUCCAACCAGAGAGCUUUGAGAUCACCCCACCUGGCGACAUCGACCCUUUCCUCGAAGUCUUCGACUGGGCGGACCUGACGGGGAUCACCUUUUCAGAAUGA